AUGCAUAGACGGUCAAAACGCACUCUUUCUGCCCUCCGGAGGAAUGCUCAAGUGCGGGGCGCUGCUACGGCCACAAAACCCGCACCGGGUAAAUGGGGCGCACCCCAAGCUUCUCCUACCCCAUCCACAUCGACAUCGUCGAAAUGGGCUCGUCCGCCUCCACCACCUCCACGUUCUAGCAAUGCACAGUCACAACAAAACAUUCGUAGCGGGCAAGACUCCAGUCCCUCAGGAGUUUCAUGGGCAAACAGCUCCCAGAACUCAUCACAGACGCUCGCUUCUUCGUCGACUCGCCCGGUUUCUGCGCCAAAUCCUUCCCCAUUCAAAGAGGCCUUGUCAUCUAUAAUCGAAAGCUCGUCUUCCCCCUCACCUGGCCUCAGCAAAUGGUCGCUUCCCUCUGGACCCAGUCAGACUGGACCUUUGUCAUCUAAUGCGCCUUCAACGUCUACCUUACCCAAGUGGGCAUUUCCGAAUAGGCCUGGAAGGGCUUCCACGACGUCUUCAUCUACGGCUACGCAGCUCGACCGUGACAAGGCUCCUCAUCUGGUGUCAUCCGUUCAGCGAAGAGAUCAAUUCCGCAAUGGUGAAUUCAAUCGCGACCGCAGAGACAGACCCCUCUCGCGAGACGGAGAUUCACGCAAUAACGUUUGGCGCGACCAGGACUCACGCUACUCUCAACCUUCCACUUCGAGAAGACCAGCUGAGCGUGAUGAGAGGAGACCUAGUCGAGCAGCGGAGGAUGUGAAGUCGAAUGGCCGAAACCCCUCAGUGGUUGAUGAGGAUGAUGUGGUUGCCGCCGACUCUGUUGAUCUCACUCCGGAGGAGCAUCGCCGGAGGCGGGUGAAGAUGCUUUUCAAGGAGCGUGGUUCUUUGGCUAGACAUGUUGGCGAGGAUGUUGUUAUACCUGCGCAUCGCAGACUGUCACACGAAGCACAGGGAACACAUCCUCCGAAGGUGGCGCGGCCGAAGAAGGCGUUUAAGCCGAAGCAGGUCAAGAGGGAUUUGUUCAUACCUUCAAUGGUGUCAGUGGGCAACUUUGCAAAGCUUCUCAAAGUACCGUUAAAUCGUCUACAGUGGAAGAUGCGAGAAGCUGGCAUGGGCGAAGAUGCGGCGGCAGAGCACAUCCUUACUUCCGAUUAUGCUGCUCUUCUUGCCGAGGAGUUCAACAGAAAUCCGGUUAUCAAUGAUGCUGCAGCCUUCGAUAUUUAUCCUGCCCCACCUCAUGCGGAACCUUCCACCUUACCUGCCAGACCACCAAUCGUCACCAUCAUGGGCCACGUUGAUCACGGCAAGACGACACUCUUGGACACCCUUCGUUCGGCUUCCGUAGCAUCUGGCGAAGCUGGUGGUAUCACACAGCAUAUCGGUGCAUUCUCCGUUCCAGUACCUAGUACAGCCGGCGGCGACGGAAAGCGGACAAUCACGUUCUUGGACACGCCAGGGCAUGCCGCUUUUUCUGCAAUGCGUGCCCGUGGCGCGAGUGUGACUGACAUUGUCGUACUGGUCGUCGCUGCGGAUGAUGGUGUUAUGCCACAGACCAAGGAAGUCAUCGAGUUGGCCAAGAAGGAUGCGGAUAAGGUGCAGCUUGUUGUCGCGAUCAACAAGGUCGACAAACCGGGCGCAGACAUCGAAAAGGUGGUCAACGCUCUCUUGGUAGAAGGCAUUCACCUUGAAUCCAUUGGUGGUGAGGUACCGUCAGUCGAAGUCUCCGGUCUCACAGGGCAAGGUCUGGAUCAAUUAGUGGAGACAAUUUCCGCGGUGGCUGAGAUGCAAGACCUGCGAGCUGAGCAUGAUCUGAACGCGCAUGGGUGGGUGCUGGAAUCCAAAGUUCAGAAAGGUCUUGGACCGGUGGCUACCGUUCUUGUUUCUCGUGGCACUCUCAAGCCUGCCGCUCACAUCAUCUGUGGUACCACCUUCGCUCGUGUUCGUGUGAUGACCGACUCCGCGGGAAAGCCUGUUAAGGCAGCUCUUCCCGGCAUGGCAGUCACCGUCUCGGGCUGGAAAGAUGUUCCGAGCGCCGGCGACGAGGUCCUCCAGGGCUCAGAAUCAGACAUUAAGAAGGCCGUGGCCAAUCGCGAGCGCAAAGCCGAAGAGGACGCCACAAUGGUGGACCUCGAAGCUAUCAAUGACCAACGUCGCGAGGAACGUGAGCGACGGGAGUUGGAGGCUGAGGCUGGAGCGACUGGAGAGGAUAUCUCUGCGGAGGAUGCUAAGCCCGAUGGCCCGAAGGAGCUUCGGUUGAUUAUCAAGGGCGAUGUGAGCGGGAGUGUGGAGGCUGUCGAGGGCGCUGUGCAGGGGAUUGGAAACAAGAUAGCUUGUGUCAAGAUUGUCGCUACUGGAGUUGGCGAGGUCUCGGAAUCGGACGUUCUUAGAGCCAAGGCGUGUCAAGCCAUGAUUGUAGCCUUCUCUGUCCCUGUGCCUCGCCCAGUACAGGCCUCCGCGGGACAGAAUAGCGUGUCAAUUUACUCUUCCCCGAUCAUCUACCAGGUCAUGGACGAAGUUAAGAAACGCGUCUGCGAUCUUCUCCCCUCCGUAUACGAGAGGAAAGUCACCGGAGAAGCCAAGGUUGCCCAAAUCUUCGACAUCCAUCUCAGCGGGAAACGGAUCAAGAAGGUAGCUGGUGGCCGUAUUAGCAAUGGCGUACUUGAGAAGAGCAAGGGCGUUCAGGUCAUCCGUAAUGGCGAAGUUGUGCACAGUGGACGGCUCGAGACGUUCAGGCAUCUCAAGAACGAUAUCACCACUGCCUCGAAAGGUCUCGAGUGUGGUAUGGCUCUCGAGAACUUCGAUGACUUGCGUCCGGAGGAUCUUAUACAGUGUUAUGACAACAUAGAGAAGCCGAAGACGCUUUAUUAGAGUACUUAUAUUGGCUGCUUUGUGUUCUUGCUUAAAUGCUAGAUCGUCACCCCCUUUUGCG